AGUGCAUCGAAAGAAAACACGCAUCUGUCAGCUUGGCAGAAAUUUUCACAUCUCAGCAUCGAAUUUCUCGGAUGCCGUGAGGGGAAUUUCUUUACAAUUUUACUGCCAUUUGCCCCGUUAAUCGUUGUUGCAAUCACUGAUCGAAAAUGUCCGGUUUAUUCCGAAUUGGAAUUCGGUUUCUAAACCGAUCGGCAUCGACGAAUCCGAUUCUUGACUCAAAACUUUCCUCGCCGAUGGUAAUAUCCGCUUGCAACAUCUCGGGUAAAACACUGCGCGGGUCGAAAUUGAGCAAACCGAAACCGUUCCCGUACCUCGAGAAGGAAUACACCGCAUUUCAAGCAUGCAAGGAUGUCCUUUUCAAGACCACUACCAAUCGAUUCGAUGAAAACACCAAGGUCGUUGUUGUGGAUGGUCCAAUCGCGGCCGGUAAGUCGACAUUCGCAAAGGAGCUUGCAACCGAAUUGGAGAUGAAGUACUUCCCAGAAGUUACAAUGGAUAAUUACUACGUCAACUCAUAUGGGUACGAUUUGCGCAAGCUGGAUCCACAGUUGCCGCCGAAUAUGCAAAGCUUCGAUGUAAGCAAAUUCCUGCAAAAUCCAACACAUAAGAACGUUGCCACGUUCCAAAUCCGUAUGCUGAUUCAACGUUACUCGCAGUAUAUCGAUGCUCUGGCUCAUCUCUUUUCGACCGGGGAAGGAGUCGUGCUCGACCGUUGCGUGUAUUCGGAUUUUGUUUUCGUCGAAGCCAUGUUCAAAAACGGCUACAUAUCCAAGGGUGCCCGUUCGGUUUAUUACGAUUUGGUCAAGAAUACCUUCUCCGAACUGAUGAAGCCACAUUUGGUCAUAUAUCUGGAUGUUCCUGUUAAUGUUGUAAAAGAUCGUGUCAAGAAACGAGCCAAUCCAGCUGAAGUCGGCUCUAAGGUUCUCACCGAUAAGUAUCUGCAGGAUAUGGAGAACAUUUACAAGCAACAAUAUCUCAAGGAUAUCAGCACCCAUGCGGAACUGUUGGUGUACGAUUGGUCAAACCACGGUGAAACUGAAGUCGUCGUUGAAGACAUCGAACGAAUCGAUUUUGAUCGAUUCGACAAGGAUGAUACGCAUAUGCGCGACUGGCGUAUGGAGAAUGAGGAAGAGUGGACUGAAGCACGGGCCCGCUACAUGAACAAGCCGGACUUGAUGAAUUACUUCAAUGUUCCACGUUACGACGUGCCCGAGUUGAUCGUUACUCCAGAGGACUUCAAGGAUUGGUACGAGCUGUGGUCUGAGGCUCCGGGCAUGAAGUACCGCAAAGGCUACAACGAAGAAUGUGGUGAUGACGGUAUCCUGACUAAAACUAAGCUGGAAUUCCGCAACACACUGUAAAUAAAAUGAAAUUGUUACGAUUCCAUGUUCCCUUGCGGUCCGAACCCUUUUAGAUUGAUCAAUAAAAUGGAAUAUCGAA